AUGCGUGCAAGUAACCUCGAAAGACAGAAAUGGAGGAGCAGGUGCCGAGAAGAGUUGUCACGCCAUAUCCGAGCUCGACUUGGAAUUACUAUCGAGCCAGCCCAAGUUCGACUUCUUCCACGCUCAGACGACCCCUACCGUUGGCACUCAGUACCUGAGAAGCAACACUUGUUCUCUAAGAAUCUUAGUGAUCAUUCAAUUGGGGCGUACAAAAGUCUCUGUAGUGGCAUAGGAAAGACCUUUGAGGCUGCCGUUUUAGGAACCUCUAUGUUACCAACAGAAGCAGACAUUAGCUUUACUGGCAAGAUAUCGCGGCUCCAAACAGAAAAUUCAGACCUAAAGGCAGAACUUGAAACGUGUAAAAGUAAUCUCUGUAUAGAGCAACAGAAGCGAUUAGACUUGGAAAACACUGUUAACUGUUUACAGCUAGAAAUAGUGCAGACUCAAGCAUAUCUAGAAGAGAGUUUGAAGGCUGUUGAAAGCUACACAACAGUGCGUCACCGUCAUUUAGAUGCCCUGCAUCAAGUGCUCCCCAUACUUGAGGGGUUAAGGCAGGACCAUCUCGGAUAA